GCUGUGGCUUCCAAAAUGGCUACGGAAGAAAUUUUGCAAACUGAGGGGGAAGAAUUCAUUGAAAAUACUCCUUUGUUUUCUGAAUUGGAGUACAAGGAGUGCUUCGUUUGCCAAGGUUUUUAUGGUCUAAACUUUGGACAACCAGUCUGUGGGACUUGUCAUGCCUUCCUUUUCCCUGAAGAUAUCAACAAUGCAGAUAUAACGCCACCUUUCCUUGAGAAAUCAGACUCCGGUGAUUCUGGCAAUGAGGAGCCUGAAGGAGCUGCAGAUUUUUACAUGAAGAAAACUAACCAGGCUAAAGCCAUCCUGCCAUCGAUACCUAAGACUGACAAGCUGGCGGAGAGGCUGGCAGCACUGACCACAGCCAGAGAAUAUGAGAAGGAAAAGAUUGCAGAAGGCUUGGUGGAUUCAUUGCCACCUGAAGUUUUGAUGGUUGUUUUCAAACAUCUGGAUGACAUCUCCCUGUGGACGGCAAGGAAUGUCUGUCCAAGAUGGCGGCAGAUCUGUGAUGCUGAGACGACAGAAGAGGAAUGGGAGCAGUACAUUAACUUGCGAUGGCCACUCUUCUAUCCACAUUACAAAGUGAACAGUUGGAGGCUUAUUUAUGAAAAAUUGUUAGAGAGUGCACCAUGCAGGUCAUGUCUUGAGAACAUGAUGCUGCAAAUGCCUGCACCAAUUGAAGAUAAUUCGUGGCGCCACCGGAGAUUACGAAGCGAACUUAAAGCACUGAAGUCUGAUCCCCCUGAGGGAAUCCAAGCAACACCACUAGAUCGCCACUGCUGUCACUGGCAGGCUAGCAUCACAGGGCCACAAGGCAGUCCGUACGAAGGGGGCAUGUUCUACUUGUACUUACAAAUACCACAUAGUUAUCCCAUGCGGCCACCACUUGUUCGUUUCAUCACAAAAAUAUUCCACCCGAACAUUAGUCGACAUGGAGAUGUUGGCUUGGACUCAAUUCAUCAUAACUGGAGUUUAGCUCUGACAAUUUCUAAAAUCCUCAUAAGUGUUCAAUCACUACUGACUGACCCCUACUGCCAUGUUUGUAUGGAGCCAAACAUCGGACGAUUAUAUGUGACGAACCGAAAAGAAUUUGAUCGUAUGUCUCGGCUAUGGACUUGGAAAUAUGCAAUGCACGAUUAUCUAAUGCCGACAUACAUUUCAAUGGGUGGUAUAUAGAAAACGUAUGAUGACUGGACUUCACUGCCCCGUGUGAAAAAUCAGGCGCAUGUUUGAGACAGCUCUUGAUGUUGUGGGAAACGUUUAUUCAGUUUGUUCGCUACUUUACAAGGCUAAGAUUGCAAUUUGAGAUGAUGCCUUAUUAGCACCAUCAAUUUUUGAAAUGAUAGGCAGGAGGUUUGAUGCGACUUUCUGACUUUCCAUUUGUUACUACUUUGUCAAACACAUCAAAUAUACAAUAAACCGUGCUGUAAUUUGCAGUCCAUGAUUGAAUUUUUCAAUGCGAAAAGUGGUUUGAAAUGCCAUGUAAUGAUGACUGGUGCUAAAUAAUCUGAGAACUCUUUCGUGACAUAGGAUCAUCAUUGUAAACAUUCUUUGAAACGCUUUGUAAAGCAAAACGUGUUAGAAUGACUUGUUAAGUUAAUUGCCCAUAUUACUGUCACUUCCACAUGGUACUUUUUUCCAUCAUUGAUAAGGGUGUAUUUUUUCUCCAGAAAUGUUUUGAAACAUUAAGUAGACAGUGGGAGUUGCAGCCUGAUAUGCUUUAAUAGAAGGACGUGUUCUUUCUGGCAAGAAAUCGUCAGCUUGAUUUUUGGUUUCCAAAAAGGCUGGGGCUUGAAAGUAGCAUGGUCGUGUACGCAUCUGUUCUGGUAUAGAUCUAUAAUAUUCAGUCUGGUAGUUGUGGCUGCCGGAACUGUUUAUGGUGGGUUUCUCUCUUUAAUGUUAAAUGUGCCUUGAGUUGACAGUUCUGAAAAAAGCUUUCGUCAGCUACAUGGAAAUGCUAUGGACUACACUUGAUAAUGUAACUCAGUUAUCGCCUCUCCUUAUUCAUAAUACUAUAUGGCCUCUAUCAAUGUAUAUCUGUGCUUCAAGGUUAGGAAACCAGAGCUACAGCUGUUGUAAAAUCCCUGGUUUUGCAAGGCUCUGGUUUUAAAUUUCCAGUAAAAUUAUGGAGCUAGUAAACUGAGAAAACGGCAAGAUAUCUGGUGUAUUUUCCCUCAAGUGGAGGUGCAAAUUACUGAUGGCGGACAGUGUGUGACUGUGUGCUACAUGUUGUAUAUGACAGCUUUUUUGCAAAUUUGUAAAUAAAUAUCCCAUUUAUUGAAAUUAUA